AUGAUUUAUCGCGAAGACUGUGACGCAUAUUUGAAACAAGUGUUGGUUGACGUGUUGGAGAUUGACGUGGUGGAGAUUGACGUGGUGGAGGUUGACGUGGUUGACGUGGUGGAGGUUGACGUGUUGGAGAUUGACGUGGUGGAGAUUGACGUGGUGGAGGUUGACGUGGUGGAGGUUGACGUGUUGGAGGUUGACGUGGUGGAGGUUGACGUGGUAGAGGUUGACGUGGUGGAGGUUGACGUGUUGGAGAUUGACGUGGUGGAGAUUGACGUGGUGGAGGUUGACGUGGUGCAGGUUGACGUGGUGGAGGUUGACGUGGUGGAGGUUGACGUGUUGGAGGUUGACGUGGUGGAGGUUGACGUGGUAGAGGUUGACGUGGUGGAGAUUGACGUGGUGAAGGUUGACGUGGUGGAGAUUGACGUGGUGGAGAUUGACGUGGUGGAGGUUGACGUGGUGGAGAUUGACGUGGUUGACGUGGUGGAGGUUGACGUGGUGGAGAUUGACGUGGUGGAGAUUGACGCGGUGGAGGUUGACGUGGUGGAGAUUGACGUGGUGAAGGUUGACGUGGUGGAGGUUGACGUGGUGGAGAUUGACGCGGUGGAGGUUGACGUGGUGGAGAUUGACGUGGUGAAGGUUGACGCGGUGGAGGUUGACGUGUUGGAGGUUGACGUGGUGGAGGUUGACGUGGUGGAGAUUGACGUGGUGGAGGUUGACGUGGUAGAGGUUGACGUGGUGGAGAUUGACUUGGUGGAGAUUGACGUGGUGGAGAUUGACGUGGUGGAGAUUGACGUGGUGGAGAUUGACGUGGUGGAGAUUGACGUGGUGAAGCUGAACUCCUUUUCUACUCAUCCUGAUAAAUGA